AUGGACCCGUCAUUACGCAGUCCGCCAUUUACGCAGCGGGUCGUCAAGGCCAUGCGGGCUCUGUAUCCCGAGGAACUGGCCGACCGGGCAUGGGAUAACGUCGGGCUGCUGCAGGAAAACAUUGCCCCGGCUGAGGGUAGUGUACCGGCGCGGGUGCUGCUCACUAACGAUUUGACGCUGCGGGUGGCUGAGGAGGCGAUCCAGAAGAAGGCGUCGGUUAUUAUCAGUUAUCACCCCUUCAUCUUCCGCGGCCUCAAAUCCAUCACCCUCAACGACCCCCACCAGCGCAUCGUCCUGCGUCUAGCCCAGCACAACAUUGCCGUCUACAGCCCGCACACCGCCGCCGACGCAGUCCUCGGCGGCGUCAACGACUGGCUCGUCGACAUCCUCAAGUCGGCCAUGUACUCCAAUGUCCCCAAUGUCAACACAACUGUCACGGUGGUCCAACCCGCCAAAGGCCCCGCACCAGCCGGGUUCGAAGGCGCCGGGUACGGCCGACUAGUCCGGCUUGGCACAGACACCGAGCUGGACACGAUCCUGAAGACGUAUGCGGCGCGCCUGGGGAUGCGGCAUGUCCUGCUCGCUCGGCCGAGGGGUGGUUCCCAACGUGAUAUUUCCUCCAAGAUCCGCACCGUCGCCAUCUGUGCAGGGUCCGGGGCCGACGUGCUACAGAGCGUGACGGACCAGGCGGACUUGAUCAUCACGGGGGAGAUGUCGCAUCAUGCGGCGCUGCGGUUGACGAUGCUGGGGAAGUAUGUGUUGACGGUAUUUCAUAGCAAUUCGGAGAGGGGAUUCCUAAGGGAGGUGUUGCAGCCGCAGUUGUUGGGGGUGUUGGAGAAAGAGGAGAAGGGGGUGGAGGUGGUGGUGAGCGAGGAGGACGAGGAUCCGUUUGAGAUUUGGGGGCCCGAGUAG